AUGGUUAGACAUAAUAGAGAAAUAUUAACAGGUGGUAAAAACUAUGCUCAAAAACAAAGUAAAAAACAUGCAGUCAAUGAAGUUGUAUUUGAUAAAGAAUCAAGACAAGAAUAUCUUACAGGUUUCCACAAAAGAAAAUUACAAAGACAAAAGAAAGCUCAAGAAUAUAAUAAAGAACAAGAGAGACUAGCUAAAAUAGAAGAAAGAAAACAAAUGAGAGAUGAAAGAAAACAAAAUUUAGAAAGUCAAUUAAAAGAUUUUAAAGAAAAAGCUAAAGAAAUUGCAAUGAUAAAUGGUGAUUUGAAAGGUGAUGAUGAUGAUGAAGUCAAUGGAUUUUUAAAUGCAGGAGAAGAUGAAGAAGAGUGGAGUGGAUUUAACGAGGAAGAAGGUGGCGAAGAAAAUGGGGAUCAAGAAGAAGAAGACAAAGAAGAAUCAAAUAACUCAACAAUACCAUUAAAGGGAAUACUACACCACAAAGAAAUCUACGAACAAAAUGACCAAAUAUCAAAUGAAUUUGGAGACGAAACAACAGUAACAAUAGAAUCAAUAGAUCAUCCACUCCAAAACGGCACCACAUCAUCACUAGAAGAAAAAGCCAAAUCUAACAACGUUAAUUUAUCCAACUCAGAUGCAAUCUUGGAAAAAUCUAUAAAAAGAGCUAAAAAUUAUGCUGUAUUAUGUGGAGUUUCUAAACCUUCAAAAGAUAAUAAAAAGCCAAAAAAGAAAUUUAGAUAUUUGAGUAAAGCUGAACGUAGAGAAAAUACAAGAAAAGAAAAAUCAAAAAGUAAAUUUAAAGGUAAAAAAUAG